AUUGCCGAACGACGGUCUGUCAUCGCUACGUGGCUGACUGAACGCUGAACAAUUCGGUAGAGUAGCAGCAGCAGCAGUAGUAGCGAUACGACUUUUAUUUCAAUUGUGCUCCGGCUUUCGUUUCGAACUAUUUUCCGAAUAACAAUUCUGCUUCAUUGCCAAAGUUAAACAUGAGCUCGAAAUCUUUGCUCUUCGCUGCCUUGGUUGUGUUGUCCGCCUCAGCUUGCUGGGCCAGUUCUUGCACCAAUCCAGAGGUGAAAUCGAGCUUUUUCUCCACGUCGGAUGCCACCAUCGUAAGUCAGAUCGCUUUCGUAGCGGAAUUCACGUUGAAGUGCUCCAACGCGGGUGCUGAAAAACUGCCCCUGUUUGCCGAAGUGGGCGGAAAGGUGGCACCAGUGGUCCGGGUAGGGGACACCAAGUAUCAGGUUAGCUGGAACGAGGAAAUUAAGAAAGCCAGCAGCGGCAAGUACACAAUCCGAUUGUUCGAUGAGGAAUCGUACGCUGCGGUACGCAAAGCUCAACGGGCUGGUGAGGAUGUACGAUCGGUGAAACCACUGACCAACGUGGUGGUGCACUUCCCCGGCGCGUACAAGGGUCCGUGGAUCAACUCGGAAAUCCUGGCAGCCGGUGUGGUCGGAAUCGUGGCUUACGUUGCGUUUUCUACCCGCACGAAGUUGUUAGCUUAAGGAGAGAGAAAGCAUAAGAGUGAGAUUACAUACCCGCACUCCGUCACGUCCUAUCAUCGGCUGGAUUAGCCAGCAGCGCAUUUUUUCGUCGUUAGUUGAGUAGGUAAGGCUGACACAUUUUUUUGUUUGUUUCACAUUGGAUAAAUCGAAAAAGUAGCUUAUCUACAUAUUACAAUCGGACGAUUAGCCAGAAACGGUUGAUCAUACCUCAAACGCUAGUAGAUUGAUUUGCAGGACACGUCAAUAAACCUGCCUCACUG